CUUCUGAUUUGAUCACCUCCGGAGGUGGUGGGGAUGUUUAGUGGUCUUCGCGCUACCUCCGGUUUAAACGGGAAGUCAGUUCCUUCGCGUCGCGGUAACGUAGGCCGGAAGUAAAUACUCCUCUGUCGGAGAGCGAGCUGCAAGCUGCCGGUUGUUAAGAGCCACUUCCCAGCGGCCCAUGGCCGAAGGGGAGGCCGCCCCGGUAGCGGGGCCCGCCGCGGCGUCUAGCCAAGGGAACGAGAAAGCGGGAGAAGCGAGCGAUGCCGGCGUGGACUGGGUAGAAAAGUUGCGCGACGAGUGUGAGCCCGAGCAGCACUGGCAGUACCGGCGGGAGUUCUUGAUUCGCAAUGCGGAGGGUCUGUCCGUGAGCCGAAAGGACGACGCCGACCGCGCGGAGCUCCGUCGCCUGGUCUCUUUCUCCAGGGUGUGGGCCAACCACGUCUUCCUGGGUUGUCGAUAUUCUCCGCAAGUGAUGGAAAAGGUGAUGGACAUGGCUGUAGGCAUUACAGUGACCAAUGCUCCAACCCACACUCUGAGAGAUGAACUGGUUGCCAAGGUGAAACGAGGCAUAUCCAGUAGCAAUGAAGGUCCUUGCAAGAAACAGGCUGUUGGUGCUGACAAACCGUUCGAAGUUAAUAACGAAAAGUCCACAAAGGCAGAGCUGAAGGUGGAAACAGAUAAGGAAUCUCUAAAGAACGUAGAAAAAGAUAUAUCAGAAACCCCAGAGAAGACUCAGUCUUCGCCUACAGCAGCUUUGGCCUUGACCCAAAAGGUAGAGCCUACAACAGCUUCAACUGUAUCUCAGAAGACAAAAUCUGCUUCAGCUUCAAAAUUGACUCCCAAUGUAGUGCCUGCAGCAGCUUCAACUGUGACCCAGAAAAUUGCUCCUGCAGCACCUUUAACUGGAGGAAGAAUAGAAAGCAAAGCUGCUAAUUAUGAAUCUACACCAGCUAAUAAGCACAAAUCUGAAAAUGUCUUACAAGCUGAAAAGAAGGUUGGCUUGGAAAGUACUACAGUAUUAGCUUCAAAAAGUAGUUCACAUACAAGUGUAGCCCCAGUUAAAGUGCCCUGCAAAUUGUUGACACAUGAAGAUGCAAAAGAAAGGCAACCAUUUUUCAAUAGACUCUACAAAGCUGUUGCUUGGAAGUUAGUUGCUGCUGGAGGAUUUAGUCCAAGUGUCAACCAUGUAGAACUCUUAAACUCAUCCAUUCAGUCUGUAAAGGCAACAUUAGAUGUUGAAUUUGUUCCACUGAAAGAGCUUGCAGAUUUACCUCAAAAUAAAAGCUCUCAGGAAAGUAUAGUUUGUGAACUGAGAUGCAAAUCUGUGUAUUUGGGUACUGGCUGCGGGAAAAGCAAGGAAAAUGCCAAAGCAGUUGCUUCAAGGGAAGCCCUGAAACUAUUUCUCAAGAAGAAAGUUAUUGUGAAAUUAUGUAAAAGGAAAUACAAAGGAAGAGAAAUUGAAGAUUUGGUGCUUCUUGAUGAAGAAUCCAAACCAUUAAAUUUACCUCCUGCUCUACGAAAUCCUCAAGAAAUACUGCAUAACAGUGAAUCUGUUACGGCCUAUACUAGCAAAUGAUGUUUUAUCACAAUUAACUGUGUUAUCUUUGAACAGUAAAGGAGAGUCCCAGAUAUUUUUUAUUUCUUGGUUCUGUUUUGCAGAAUAAAUACCAUUAUUGUUCUUUCACUCAGUAGUAAAUGUAAAUAAUUCUUUAAAGAUGUAAAGUGUGCAGAGAUAUGCCUUAAAUUUAGCACACUAGUGUGCUGUUUUAUUUGCUAAAUAGUCUACUGAACUCUUAUAUUUUUUAACUAAUCAAGGUACAGUUUGCUGGUCAAUGCGGUCACAUUUUGUAACUCCUACAAUUUGGUAACAGUAUUGCUCAUUUUUGAACCCUGAUCCUUUAUAAACCGUUAAUAAAAUACGCAAACAACAACCAUUGUACCUAGAUGGUAAAAUAUUAUUUAAAAAUAGAAAUAUUUAAUCACCUGCUUCAUGUGUUGGUCAUACUGUUCACAUGCCUGUUUAAAAAGCAAGCUAUUGAUUUGGAUUGUUUUAAUUAAGUAGUGGUAUUUAAAUUUUAAUCCAAAGUAGUAUAUGCUGGUCCUUUUUUAAUAUCAAAUUGUCAUUAAAUCUUCAAUUUUCUUAUUUUACUAAGGUUCCUCAAAUUUAAUAUCCAAAUUUGUGAAAAAUCUCUCAUUCACUUUUUCAAAUAAAUACAGCUUUCUAUACUAAGCAAAUUUUUAUGUCUAAUAAUUUAGGGGAAAAUUCUUGCAUUUAUGUAAUGUACUGUUUUGACUGAGCACUUUUAAUGAUCUCAACCCUUUUUUAUAACUUUGAUAUUUGCUUAAAAACUUAAAUCUUGUGCUGUAAAUUAACAAGUUCAACAAAUAUGAGGUGCUAGUUUUAUUAAAACAUCUGCAUUGCAUUCUAAUCUUAUAUCAGUGUGUAUUUUCAAAUCUGUUUUCUAGGAUUUAACAGAUGAAACUUGUUGCACUAAUUUACUGUGCAAGAGUGAAAACACUGCAGUGCUGUUUUCGCUUGUAGUUACAAACGUCUGGCAGUGCUUUUUUUCUAAAGCAGAUCUAUAUAUUGUGUUCUCUCUGCAAUGUUGGCUUAUUCUAGAGUCAUUACAUUUCAAGCAUAUCUCUAUAAAUUAAAAUCAAAUACCACUUUCAUUGUGCAACAGCUCCUGAAAAAUAGAGCAAUGUUACUGACCCAGGCUGUGAUUCAGUAAUUCACAAGCAUUUAUCAGAGUUUCUUAUUUGUUUCCUGAUCCAGUUAGUAGCUGUUGAUAUAAUUUGAUACGUUUUAAAAGUAGUUAGCACUAAGAAUUGGUUUUAGGAAUGAUUUUUUGCAAUGGUUGGGGAUCCUCUGUAUGACCUCCGCUACCAUUCUUUUAAUUCAGUUUAAAGUUUAAUACUUUAAAUAUUAAAAUUAUGAAUUGAAUUAUGGCUUCUCUUGAGUUUUAGUCAUUGAUUUGGUGAUUUUCAGAAAUUUGAUUUAAGUGACAAUGUUUCUCAGUGGCCACUUAAAGAUUUGUGGACCAACUCCCACAUCUUAGCAAAGGCUAGGCUGCCAGAGGAUUCUGGGGUUUGAAGUUCAUAAAUCUAGAAGUUGUCAGAGUUUGGAAACUAUUGUUUAAAUUCAAUAUAUUUUUAAAGCGUUCUUUUUGCAAGUGUAUUCUAUUUGGUUUUAAUGAAUUUAUUUUGGGAGGUUCUGAAUGAUCCAUGAAUAUCUUUUGACAAAAACAGAUAAGACUUCCAUCAGUAGUUUUACCUAACAUUGAGAUUUUUCUUAAAGUAAUCUAAGGAAUAGCCUAUUAGUGAUUUGAACAUCAAGGAUAGAAUAUAAAUGUUGACAAAAACAGUAUAUUAUCAUUUCAUGUUUUAAAUGAAACACAAGUAGAAAUUACAGCAAAGUAUUGCUUGAACUGCUAAUAUAAUGCAGUUCAUCUGACCUCUAGAAACAGAUUGGCUUGUCCCUACAUGUAUGCCCUGUGCCCCUGGAAACCUUUCCAGAGAAUUUGGGUGUGUGUGUCAGAAGCAGUAAAAAUGAGAGGAAGAUGGGAGCUACUAGCAAAAGAAAGGACUGGAAUAAUUUUUUCUAUUAAGAUUUAAUCUUAAGAUUCCAUUUUGGCAAUUUCUUGCUGUCAGUAACCUUUUUGGACAUCCACAUUGUUCAGAAGGAUUUGUGAUCCUUUGGAAAGGUUUAGAGAAGGAUAGGAAACCCCUUCAAUGAACUUUGUUUAACUUCAUAAUCCAAAGCAGUAUUUUAACAGUCUUUCCAAAUCAAAUUAAAAUGAGUAUUGUGUAGGAAUACUAGAAAAGAGAUCAUUUUGGUUUUUUUUAAAGUUGCAUCCAGUGUAAAUUACCUUAAAUAAAGACAUUUUCUAU